AUGAUUCUGAUAGAAGACUGUUUUGGUAAUAAGGUAAGAGCACGAGCGCUUCUGGAUAGUGGCUCUACUGCAAAUUAUUUAACUGAAUCUCUGACAAGAAAACUUAGAUUGAAAACUGAAGAAAAAUUGGUAAAAAUUUCUGGAGUUAACGGUUCAUCAUCUUGGGUGAAAAAUAUUGCAACAACGACAGUUGCUUCAGAAAGAGGAAAAUUUGCAACGACUUUAUCUUUUCUAAUCAUUAGUAAAAUUACUGAGAACAUUCCCGCUGUGAAGCUAUGUACAUCUGAAUUCAAACUACCAGGGGAUGUUCAUUUGGCUGAUCCUAGAUUUUUUAUUUCAAGAAAGAUAGACAUUUUAUUGGGUGCACAGAUAUUUUAUGAGUUAAUUCUGGACGGGCAGAUUAAAUUAGAUACGAUUACAUUGAGAGAAUCUCACUUCGGAUGGUUAGUCACCGGAACACUGCCCACGGUGAACCAUGUAACAUGUCACCAAACGUUUCACAAUGUCAACAACAUAGAGAUUUCUGUCGAGAAAUGGUGGGAGAUGGAUGAUGCAGGGGAAGAAACGGAUUUUAGUUUGGAGGAGUUGAAGUGCGAAAAGAGUUUUAAAGAUUCAACACGAAGAAACAAGGAUGGUAGAUUUAUUGUUGGCAAUAAAAAGAUUUCGUAA